CCCCCUUUUUACGUAACGCCUCGGCUCAGAGAGCACGAUGACAUUCGCUCGACUCGCGCAGAUAUGAAGUCUGAAGAAGUUGACGACGCGGAGGAAUUAAACGAUCUGCCUGUUGAUUCCGUUCGGAUCGCGCCGUAUUUGCGUGAACUGAAACAAAGGGCAGCGGCAGAAGUAAGCAUUCGACACUUGACUUUGACGGAGGCUUUUUUGAUACGGUUUCUGCAGGCGAGAGACUUUGAUGUGGCACUGGCUCUCAAGCUUUUGAUUAACUAUCAUAAAUGGAGACAAGAAUGUCCAGAAAUAACAACCGAUCUGAGACCAUCAUCCGUCAUAGGACUUCUGCAAAACAAUUACCAUGGAGUUUUGAGAUCACGAGAUGACGCUGGAAGUCGAGUUCUAGUCUAUCGGAUUGGUCAGUGGAACCCCAAAGAAUUCACCGCUUAUGAGGUUUUCCGUGUGAGCCUCAUUACAUCAGAGCUGAUUGUUCGAGAAUGGGAGACGCAAAGAAAUGGACUCAAAGCAAUUUUUGAUCUCCAAGACUGGUGCUUUGCGCAUGCCCUGCAGAUAAAUCCUUCCUUGGCAAAAAAGAUAUCUUCGGUGCUGACAGACUCCUUUCCUUUGAAAGUACGUGGCAUCCAUUUGAUAAAUGAGCCUAUUUUUUUCCGUCCCGUCUUUGCCAUGAUCCGUCCGUUUCUUCCAGACAAGAUCAAACAGCGGAUUCAUAUGCAUGGAAGUUCGUAUGCCCGAAGUCUCAGCGAUUUCUUCCCGAAGGCUAUCCUCCCCCCUGAGUAUGGAGGAACCGGUCCCAGCAUAAACGAUGCGUGCCACGAUUGGACUGAGUACAUCAUGCAGUCUGAAGCCUAUCUCUAUAGUCUCUCUAUAGAUUUAGGUGGAGGAGAUGCUUCUCAGUCAUCUGCCUAUGCGUGAUUGUAAUGAAGGUACUUCUUACCAUGUGCUCUUUGUGCUGGAUAAUAACAGAUUCUGCUGGGCAGGUUAAAUGCUUUCCUUGAAAAUCAAGAUAAUAUUGCUGACUUAAAGUAAUAGUUCGCCCAAAAAAUUUAUGUAUUCACCCACAGGCCGUUCAAGUUCUCCACUGGAACAGAUUUGGACAAAUUUAGCAUUACAUCACCAGGUCAAUAGGUGCCAUUAGCAUGAGAGAAAAACUUUACAGUAAUCCACAAGAAAUGAAUAACACACAUAUAUAUAUAUAUAUAUAUAUAUAUAUAUAUAUUUUGUUGCUUUCAGCUAAAAUAAGAGUCCUCUAUGCAUAAUAUUGCUUUCUCCAUAGGACAAAUCAUCUGAUUUGAAUAAGAAAAGAAAUAUUCACAGAUCAAGCUCUUUUUAGAAGUCCAAAGUGCUUCAAAAGAGAUUCUCGGUUGAUGGCUUGAGAGUGAGUACAGUUUUUUGGUGAAAUAUACCUUUAAAUUGUAAAGCAUUAUAAUAUGUAUGCUUUACUUUUAUUCUUUACUUUUUUUUUAUCAUAUUGCACAUGAACUAAUGAUGCAGCUGUUUAAAUUGUCUGCCCAACUCUAAUUUUCCAGACUGGAAAAAAACAAACAUUAAUUCAUAUUUUUGAAUGAUGUGAUUUUAUUGAAUUCCAUUCCUCGCAGAGAUUGAUUGCAAAUACAUGAUAUACCUCUGAGGAUAAAAUAUAGCAUCAGAUAUUCUGUUACCUUUAUAAGGUUUCCACAGUCACUUGUAUAUAACACAAGUAAUGUACAAUGUUGUGCAUGACCAAAAUAUCAAAGUGCCUUUCCUCUUUUCCUCGUGAGAUGUCAUUGCUUUUAUUGUUGUAUCUUCAUAACAGUGGACAUAACUCAGGAUGUUAAACAAGUCUCUGUGCUUCUCGACGUUUGAUAUCAAUCAAACUGAUGCAUCAUUAUACUGAUGCUUUUUAAGUGAAACAAUCUUUAAUAUAACUGUAAACUACAGCAUUUGCGAUCCUUGGCUGUAUUCCAAAUAAAUAAACGGCUGAAGACAUGUACUUGUUUAGUCUGCACCAAGUGGGAAUAUUAAAUAGCACUUUGGUCUACUGCCUUUUGCUCCGACUCUUAAACAAAUCUAAACAGAGACUAAUGACCUAACUGGAACUCUUUGUGUUUACAGAUUUCCUUAAAUGUGAAUUUCUGAAACCGUGUAUAUAAUCUAGUUUAGUUUAUUGCAUUAUUUGUGUCAGACAGUGUCUGAUGAAAGUAGAAAAAGACAGUUUUACAUUAUUUAAUUGUGCCGUCCUCACUUGUUAUCAAACUAUGAAUAUAUGACUGUUUUUUUUAAUUGAAUGUACAUUUUUUAAAUAAAAAAGUAUAUACAGACAUAUUAAUACAACUCAAAUAAACUUGGCAGCAAAACAA